AAUGUCUCCGCCCUCUUUCUCGUCCUGCUUCUCAGCUGGUUGAGGUGCAACUAUCAAAUCGGUCGUCCCGAAUCCGGGUUCAUCCGACACCAAAACCGGUCUUCAGUGAAGCGGACGGCGUUUAAUAACCUUCAGCCAUGCCUCCUAAAUUUGAUCCCAACGAAAUUAAAGUCGUUUUCCUUAGAUGCACUGGUGGUGAAGUGGGAGCCACUUCUGCUCUGGCCCCUAAAAUCGGACCUUUAGGUUUGUCUCCCAAGAAAGUCGGUGAUGACAUAGCCAAGGCAACCGGUGACUGGAAGGGGCUAAGGAUCACUAUAAAACUGACUAUCCAAAACAGACAGGCUCAGAUAGAAGUGGUCCCCUCUGCAUCCGCUCUGAUCAUCAAGGCACUGAAAGAGCCUCCUCGUGACAGGAAGAAGCAGAAGAACAUUAAACACAGUGGCAGCGUCACCAUGGAUGAAAUACUCAGUAUUGCUCGUCAGAUGAGGCACAGAUCCCUAGCCAGGGAGCUCUCUGGGACUGUUAAGGAGAUCCUUGGAACAGCUCAGUCUGUUGGCUGCAAUGUAGAUGGAAGACAUCCCCAUGAUAUCAUUGACGAUAUUAACAGUGGUGCAGUGGAAGUCCCAUCCAGCUAAACUCAUGGAGAGGAACAAACUUCAAUAAAAAAAAUUUAAACUGA